AUGGCGAAAGGCCACAUCAUCCCACUCCUCCCCGUCGCCCACCUCCUCCGCCGCCGCCUCAUCCGCGUCAUCGUUCUCACCACCCCAGCCACCCGCUCCUUCAUCGUCGACCACUCUUCCUCCGACGUCAUCACCAUCCCUUUCCCGCAUGGAAUCUUCCCUCCCGGCAUCGAGAGCUCCGACAGGCUCCCUUCCAUGUCCUCGUUCCCUCGAUUCGCCAUGUCCACCAAGAUCAUGCAGCCGGACUUCGAGCGCGUCAUCGGUUCCCUACACAGUACCCGACCCGUCGAUUUCUUGGUAUCCGACGGGUUCCUCGGGUGGACAUUGGAGUCCGUCAACAAGUUUGAGAUCCCCAGGUUGGUGUUCUACGGGAUGAGCUGCUACGCGUCUUGCAUUUGUAAGGCCGUCGGAGAUGGCAGCCUCCUCGCUAGGGCUUCGAUUAGGGUUAGGGAAUAG